UGGCUAGAUCCUCUGUCAAUAACAUCGAGCUUGUCUAAGGAAUGGUGGUCCACUCGUAACAGCUGUGCGGUGCAUCCAUCCAUGCUGGUGUUCUGGUGUUUAUUAUUUUAAUCUAUCGAAAACAGGGAUUUGGUGGAUCUGUCGAAACAUGUACGGAUUUGUCAACCACGCACUUGAACUUCUGGUGCUGAGAAAUUAUGGACCUGACGUAUGGGAAGACAUUAAGAAAGAAGCUCAGCUUGAUGUAGAAGGACAGUUUCUCGUCAGAUUUAUAUAUGAAGAUGCCAAAACAUACGACCUUGUGGCUGCUGCAAGCAAGGUUCUAAAAGUAGAUGCCGGAGACAUUUUGCAACUGUUUGGGAAAAUGUUCUUUGAGUUCUGUCAAGAAUCAGGCUAUGACACCAUCCUCCGAGUGUUGGGCUCCAAUGUUCGUGAAUUUUUACAAAAUCUGGAUGCAUUGCAUGACCAUCUGGGCACCAUCUACCCUGGUAUGCGUGCGCCCUCCUUCCGCUGUACGGAUGCAGAGAAAGGGAACAACCUUAUUCUACACUAUUACUCUGAGAGAGAAGGUCUCCAGGACAUCGUCAUAGGGAUAAUCAAGACAGUUGCACAACAGAUUCAUGGAACCGAGAUUGAGAUGAAGGUCAUUCAGCAGAAGAGUGAAGAGUGUGAUCAUAUUAAGUUCUUGAUUGAAGAGAAGGACUCAGAGGAAGAGGCUUUUUAUGAAGACUUGGAUGGUUUUGAGGAGAAUGGAACUCAAGAGACACGGAUCAGUCCAUAUACCUUCUGCAAGGCUUUUCCUUUCCAUCUGAUGUUUGACAAAGACCUAAUGCUCACACAGUGUGGCAAUGCCAUCUUCAGAGUUCUGCCACAGCUGCAACCUGGCAUUUGUAACCUGUCCUCAGUGUUCUCUCUGGUGCGGCCGCAUAUAGACUUCAGUUUCCAUGGCAUCUUGUCUCACAUCAACACUGUGUUUGUGUUGCGGAGUAAGGAGGGCCUCUUGAACGUAGAGACUGCAGAGAAUGAAGAUGAACUCACAGGCACAGAGAUCAGCUGUCUUAGACUGAAGGGCCAAAUGAUUUCCCUUCCAGAGACUGAAAACAUCCUGUUCCUGUGCUCACCAAGUGUUAUGAAUCUGGAUGACCUGACAAGGAGAGGUCUGUACUUGAGUGACAUUCCCCUUCACGAUGCCACCCGUGACCUUGUGCUCCUGGGGGAGCAGUUUCGUGAAGAGUACAAGUUGACCCAGGAGCUGGAGAUCCUGACGGACCGUCUGCAGCACACUCUCCGAGCCCUGGAGGAUGAAAAGAAGAAGACAGACAGGUUGCUGUAUUCAGUUCUGCCUCCCUCUGUAGCCAAUGAGCUGCGGCACAAACGGCCAGUACCGGCUAAGCGAUAUGACAACGUGACGAUUCUUUUUAGCGGCAUUGUGGGGUUCAAUGCGUUCUGCAGCAAACAUGCAUCUGCAGAGGGAGCCAUAAAAAUUGUCAACCUGCUCAACGACAUCUACACCAGAUUUGACAUUCUCACAGAUUCUCGGAAGAACCCUUAUGUCUACAAGGUGGAGACUGUUGGUGAUAAAUACAUGACGGUGAGUGGUCUCCCGGAACCCUGCACCCAUCAUGCAAAAUCUAUCUGUCAUCUGGCCCUGGACAUGAUGGAGAUUGCUGGGCAGGUUAAAGUGGACGAGGACCCAGUACAGAUCACCAUUGGAAUCCAUACAGGAGAGGUGGUCACAGGGGUUAUAGGUCAAAGAAUGCCCCGCUACUGCUUAUUUGGAAAUACGGUCAACCUCACAAGUCGUACAGAGACCACAGGAGAGAAAGGAAAGAUAAAUGUGUCGGAGUACACAUACAGGUGUUUGCAGUCAGUGGAAAAUGCAGAUACUCAGUUUCAUUUGGAGUACAGAGGACCUGUGACCAUGAAGGGAAAGAAAGAGCCAAUGAAAGUGUGGUUUCUUUCACGUAAGACUUGAAGAGUCUUAAAGUGGUGCCACAACAGUGCCAUUUACAUUCAUUUCGCAGAUUCAUAUGUUGAUUCUAAAAUCUGUGAAUAUGUUUUUUAUUUAAGAUCAUUUUAUUAUUUCCAACCAAGGGGUCAAAUGAAAAGACACAGUUAAGAAUGUUCUUCAGUGACCCCUGCAGUUGAAGUGCCAAUUAUAUCUAAUUCACAGAUAAUGAAACAAAGGAAAAGUAAUACAGACUGUAUGCAUUUUACAUUGAGGUAUAGAAAUGUCCAUCCAUUAGAUCUAUUUUGAAACUACAAACUAUUACCAACUAUUGAAUUAAGACAGAACAUAGAGCAUUUGACAUUAUUCAGGUCACUGGCAAAUUCAGGAAACAUUUUAUUAUUGUGUCACUGAGGGAAAAAGUCAUUUUCAUUUUAAUUAUAUUUAAUAUUAUGAGCACCACCACUUUUCAAGGAUACAGUUUUACUGUGCACAUAAUUCUGACAUUCAGUAGAGACACAACACACUUUGUUACUGUAUUAUACUGUGUAUUAUAAUAUUGUUAUGCAUUUAUUCAAGCUUUUUAAAGUCGCCAUGAAACAGAAGUGACCAUUGUCUUAUUUUCCCCAUGGUGACGUAUAUCUGAGUGAAGCUGCUUCUGAAAUCAAAUAAGGCAGUCCAUCGAGAACUGAUUGGAUCGUUUGUAGUUGGGUCGUGUUGUUAAUUGCUAAUUCCUGCAAUCUUUUCCGCCUUUUCCACUGUCCACCUGUCAUAUCAUAUGACCUGAAGUAAAGAGAGAGAUUGUUUUGAGGAGGGGAGGAGAUUUGAGUUUUUGAUUAAAGAUUAUAGGGCAUAUGAAUUUUUAAAAAAUAAUGGUCACAGAUAAAUAAUUUGUGAAAAUACCACAAUAUUCCAAAACAAAUUACAGUUUUUCUUUUAAAUUUCAUGGCGACUUUAAAGUUGAAGUAUUAUUGAAUUCACAAGACCAUCUACACUCUGAAAAUGUUGGGUUAUUUUCAACCCAACGUUGGGUCAAAAAGAGACGAGCCCAUUGGUUGUAAUUUAACCUAUGCUGGGUUGUUUUAACCCAUUGUUGGGUCAAAUUUUGACCUAAUAAUUUUCUGGGUUAAUUUUAAUUUAACCCAACGUCUGGAUUAAAAAAUAACCCUACAAUUUUAGACUGUACAAUUUUCCAACCUUAUUUUUUAUGUUUCUAAGGAAAAUGUGUAAGCUAUACAUAAAAAUGCAUUGCAGUUAUACUUACACUCUAAAAACAAAUAGCACUAAAAGUGGUUCAUUGGCUCGUAAUCAUAGGGGAACAAUUUUAAGUAUGGCACUUAUGUAGUACCUGUGUAGCACCUGUGUAGAAACCUUUUGAACCCUACUGUAGAACCAUAUCUGGUGCUAUAGUGUUGCUAUAUCACCCCUGUAUGGUUUUUGAUAGUUGCUUUAUAGGUGCUGUAUAGCACUAAAAAUGGUUGAUUUAUGAUAUGAUUACGAGCUUUUAGUGCUAUUUAGCACCAUUUUUUUUUCAGAGUGUACACUCUUAGAGUGUAAAAACUAGAGAAUUUGUCAUACUUGUACAUAGCAAGUUAUUUUAUUUAACAGUACACACACGUGUAUAUUCUUACAAUAAUGUUAUUCUAUAUUACUAUAAGCAAUUGAGUCAAUAUAUUCUAAAUGUUUCUAAAUAAGUGAGUAUUUGAUUUUUAAAAAGUGGCUGUAAUUAAUUGGUCUGGGAGUAUUCAUUGAAUUUCAGAGAAAUCUAUUUAUAGGAACUCUGCCGAUAACAUUAAGGUUUUAUUUACACCCCAAGAAAAUUGUGCUGUGUUUUGUUGUACUGAAAAUAAGCAUUGUACCUGCUCAAUAAUGUUGUCUUGCUGCUAUUUUUUAUUAGUAUUUUAAACUAUUGUAUUCUCUACAGAGCUCUUCUCAUUAGUCUAUCUAGAUAAAGUUACAGUUACAUCUAAACUAAAACAGUCAUGGUUCAGUUUGCUAAUUCUUACAUUUUCUUGUGGCUCCAAUAAAUCAUUCUGAACAACAAAGUUUCACACACCAAGCUAAGCCUAACGUGAAACAUUAUGACAUCACUGUUUUCAAUUAGACUUUCAACAAUCAUCUGACAAAUUAUCAUUUACUUGUGUCUUUUGUGUAGUUAAACAUUACCUUCUGGACAUGCUGGCACAAUCCCCUCACUGUCCUACCCAUUUACUAGAAAAUGUUAACUAAGGUCAGCAGUUAUUUACAUACAUGCUGGUAUCUUCAUUAAUUACAAUAAGAACAAUAAAUUUGUCGCAAUGCCCUGCAAGCAUUUAGUGUCUACUGUACACAGACUCACAAUACACACGUUUGUUCUCUACAUUAAUGAGGACAUCUCAGAGACGUCCAUUGUUUUAAUAUCAGGCUAGUGAUAUACAGGUCCAUCUCUAUAAAUUAGAAUAUUGUGGAAAAGUUCCAUUUAUUUCAGUAAUUCAGCUGAAAUUGUGGAACUCGUGUAAUAAAUAAAUUCAAUGCACACAGACUGAAGUACUUCUUUUUUUUAAUUGUGAUGAUAUUGGCUCACAUUUAACAAAAACCCACCAAUUCACUAAUUCAACAAAUUAGAAUAUGUUAACAGGACAAUCAGCUAAACACCUUCAUCUAGGUUUCCUAAGCCUCCUCGGUUUGAUUCACUAGGUUAAACAAUCAUGGGGAAGACUGCUGAUCUGACAGUUGUCCAGAAGACAUUUAUUGACCCCCUUCACAAGUAAAAUCAGCCACAAACAUUCAUUGCCAAAAAAAAGCAGAGUGCUGUAUCCAAGUAUGUUAACAAAAUGUUGAGUAGGAAAAAAGUGUGGAAGAAAAAGAUGCACAACCAACUGAGAGAACUGCAGCCUUGAGAGGCUUGUCAAUCAAAAUUGAUUCAAGAAUUUGGGUGAACUUCACGAGGAACUUCGAGGAACCACACGUGUCAAGGAAUUUGGCAACAGUUGUCAGAGGCGUCUUAGGGCUAAGGAGAAAAAGAACUGGACUGCUGCCCAGUAGUCCAAAGUCCUCUUUUCAGAUGAGAGCAAGUUUUGUAUUUCAUUUGGAAACCAAUGUCCUAGAGUCUCGAGGAAGGGCUGAGAAGCUCAUAGGCCAAGUUGCUUGAAGUCCAGUCUUAAGUUUCCACAGUCUGUGAUGAUUUGGGGUGCAAUGUCAUCUGCUGGUAUUGGUCCAUGGUGUUUUUUGAAACUGAAAGUCACUGUACCCAUUUACCAAGAAAAUUUGAGCACUUGCUACCUUCUGCUAACCAGCUUUUUAUAGAUGCUGAUUUCAUUUUCCAGCAGGAUUGUCACCUACCCACACUACCAAAAACACCAAAAGUUGGUUUAAUGACCAUAGUUUUGGUGUGCUUGACUGGCCAGCAAACUCACCAAACCUGAACCCCAUAGAGAAUCUAUGGGGUAUUAUCAAGAGGGAAAUGAGAAACAAUACCAAAAAAUUCAAAUGAGCUAAAGGCCACUGAUAGAAACCUGGGCUUCCAUAGUAACUCAGCAGUACCACAUCGCCUCCAUGCCACGCCGAAAUGUGGAGAUUACUUUUUAUUGGUCUUAUAAAAUAUUCUUAUUUGUUGAUAUUUGUUUGGUCGGUUUUUGUUAAAUGUGAGCCAAAAUCAUCACAAUUAAAAGAAAAAAAGACCUAAAGUACUUGAAUUAAUGAAGUAAAUGAUCUUUUUCAAACAUUCAGGUGCAUCUUGGACUUUUUUCAAGAUGCACCUGUAUGUCCUAAUCCAACCACUAAACCCCACCUUUACCUAAGCCUGUAAACAUAACUGGAUUUAAAGACUAACAUUAAUUAACAUUUUGUUCAAGGGAUGUCUGGGAAACUAUUGUCAGGUGUGACAAAUACAUUGCAUACAAACCUACAACUGCAGGUGCUUCAGUGCAAUGUAUGCCAGUAAAUCAAGUUUCAAGUCAAGUACAAAUCAUGUCACCAGUUUACAAUGUUAAUUACAUAAACAUCAUUGACUUUGUCAACAAUAAAUCAUGCUAACAGAUUCUGUUAAAUUGUUUCUCUACUACGAAUCAAUAAGAUGUUCACUUAAGGCCUCUGUUGGUCAACAUUAUAAUUUGUUAAAUCAUCAUGUGAAAGUGCAUUUAUAAACCAUUUAACAUACAAUAAAACGAUUUUCACUUC